AUUACAUGUGACUAGAAAUGACUCAGUGUAAGUAAUUUCUACUGACUCAGUGUAAGUCAUUUCUGUAAGUCUAGGCCGGAGUGUUGCAUUACAGGAUCUCUGAAUUCAAACCCUCUAUGUAUUGUAAUGACAUAAUGCAGGUAUUAAAAAUAACCUAUUUUUUUAAUGUGUCAAUGUCCCUGACUAAAGGUUAGAGGGGAUAAACAAUUUAAUGUUUAUUGCAAACCUUUAAACUCUUAACCUUACUGGUUUUUUUUUUAGAUAAUACAUUAUUAAUGACACACCCAUGUUUUGCUUUCUGAUAAAGAGGAUAAAAAAAGAAAACUGCUAAACCGCCCAAUAAAAUGUAGAGGGUGUUUCAUGAUCAGUGAAUCACAGUAUAUGAUGACCAGCAUGAGCAAUUCCAUAAACAUUUCUACCCAUAAAGAUCCACCUAAACCUGGAAGUUUUGUGUUACAAAGUAUUUAGAUGAAAUAUAUUGUGCCUUGUGCUCACAGUCAAGUCAUUACCUGUCAGUCAAAUUCAGGUGUGGGCUUUUUAAUUUCCUUAGAAUUACACUAGACUGUAUUUUCAUCACUGUUGCUAUGACUUAAAAUGCAUUAACAUGUGGUGUUUAAAGGCAGAGAAAGUCUUUAAGGCCAUCAGGUACAUUAUGGAAACACAUUAUGGGAUGCAAAGUGCAUGCAGUAAUGACAUAAGUAGUUAACUAUAAUUUUUCUAAAUCUUUUUUUCUAUAUCAAGUAUUUCCACAGCCAGAAUAUUAAAUGUAUUCAUUUGACCAAACCUAACUUUUAUUUUGAAAAUUGAUUGACUGCAUUUCAUAUUGGGAAACAGUGUGCCAUAAAGAAAAAAGAAAAAAAAAAAGGGUGCCAUAAAUAAAGCUCUUGCUGCAUACUGAUUAUACAAAUUGUCUAUGGUGUCUAGUGGCAGUGUGUGUAUGCAGCUUUGAGAUCCACACUAUGGCUCGGCAUGUUGCUGUGAUUGGAGGAGGAAGCUCUGGACUGACCUGCAUAAAGUGCUGCUUGGAUGAGGGUCUAGAGCCAGUGUGCUUUGAGAGCAGCAAUGACAUUGGAGGACUCUGGAGGUUUAAGGAGACACCAGAGCCUGAACGCUCCAGCAUGUACCGCUCACUGGUCGUAAAUACCUCAAAAGAGAUGAUGUGCUUUAGUGAUUUCCCCAUGCCAGCACACUACCCAAACUACAUGCACCACUCCAUGCUGCUGAACUAUUUACGGCUGUAUGCUGAGCACUUUGACCUGCUCAAGUACAUUCACUUCCAGACAACAGUGCUCAGUGUGAGACAGAGGCAUGACUUCUCUCACACAGGUCAGUGGGAGGUGAUAACUGAGGACAGAGAUGGACACAAAGAAACACACGUGUUCGAUGGGGUGCUUGUAUGUUCAGGAAGCUUCACACACCCUGUUACACCCCUCUCAGCAUUUCCUGGUAUAGACACGUUUCCAGGGAAGUGCUGCCACAGUUGGGAAUAUAAGGAACCACAUUCCUUCAAUGGGAAGAGGGUGGUGGUUAUUGGUAUUGGCAACUCUGGUGGAGACAUUGCUGUGGAGAUCAGCAGAGUGGCAGAAAGAACUUUUCUGAGCAUGCGUGGAGGUGCAUGGGUUGUGAGCCGUUUGUCUACCGGUGGCCUGCCUUUGGACAUGAACAUGAUUACACGUCUGAGCGCCCUUCUGCUGCAAGUGUUUCCUCGAGCUCUGCUCAGCUGGGCAGUGGAGAGAUUCUACAAUCAGAAAUAUAACCACAGGCUGUACGGACUGCAGCCCAGCCACAGGAUGCUUGACCAACGACCCAUCAUUAACGAUGAGCUACCAGGACGCAUCCUUCAGGGGGCACUGCAGGUGAAACCAAAUGUGCGAGAGUUCCGAGGCUCGACUGUUGUAUUUGAUAAUGAGGCAAUCGAAGAUGGGAUAGAUGCAGUUAUCUUCUGUACAGGAUACAAGGCAAGCUUCCCAUUCUUACUGUCUUCAAAGAACAACGAUCCUGUGGGGGAAGUGAGCCUCUACAGAAGAGUCUUCCCUCUGUUCCUAGAGCACCCCACACUGGCCUUCAUAGGGUUACUCAACGCCUCAGGGCCUAUAAUGCCUAUAACGGAAAUGCAGGCAAGAUGGGCCGCCCAAGUCUUUAAAGGUUUAAACCGACUUCCUCCCGUAUCAAUAAUGCACAAGAUCACAGAGAAAGAUUGGAAGGCAAAAAUGAAAAGAUACUCUUGUCCAAAGAAAGCUACUCUCGAGGUGGACUAUAUCCCUUAUUUGGAUUCCAUCGCACAGGAAAUCGGUGUGCGUCCCAACCUCUUGUGGCUGUUCCUGACUGACCCUGGUUUGAGUUUGAGGGUUCUAUUCGGUCCCUGCACCCCGUACCAGUUUCGGCUGUGUGGGCCGGGUCAGUGGGACGGGGCUCGUCAGGCCAUCUUCACCCAGUGGGAGCGUGUAGCCCAGCCAUUCAAGACACGCCCCAUUCCAGAGCAAAAACCCUCUGGACUACACUACUGGCUGAGUCUGGCAGGAGGGGUGAUGCUGAUUUUUGCUCUCAUUCAAUUGCAGAAGAGAAAUAAACCUUUCUUCAGUGUCUGAUUACAUAUAGUAUGGCCUCCAUUGCAUAGUCUGCUCUAGAGAUUGCAUUUAUGUAGAUUUCUACUCAGUAAUUGUCACUUGGAAAUGAUAUUUGUGCACAAAUAAAAAUUAUUGUGAAAGGUU